AGUGUUGCUCCGGUGACUGCAGGAAUCACGCUUGCAGCUGCACAAACCUCUAACAUUGGAAACUCUUUGAAUGGAAGUUCAGUCUGUCUAGAAGAUGAUGUAGGCAUGGACAUGACUGAAGCUCACACAGGCCGCAUUUUAGGAGUCACAGAUAAUCUUCAUUGUCUUUUCCCCUCACAAGACAUGUAUCCCCAAAGUGUUGGUUUAAAGAACGCAGAGAUGACUUCACAACAGCAGCGCAAUGGAGCACUAGGAUCGUCUAAUCAUAAAGGUUUGGAAACCUUAGUGAUGGCAUCUGUAAAGACAAAGGGGCAAAGACAUCAGAUCAAGUAUGACGCUGAUGACGACUGCAGAGAGAAAACUGUGAGGUUUACUGCUGAUGAUGCCUGUAUGGAUGUGACCAGAAGUCACACUGUUAACAUCGCCACUGAGUUACCAUUGCAGUCACACCAAAAUGCAGAUGUUUUUCCUGCUUGUGGAGAGAGAACAGUGAGAUUCACUGCAAACGAUGCAGCCAUGGAUGAGACAAGAAGCCACACUGUAAACAUUGCCACCGACAUCGAACCACAGACACACCAAAAUUUGGAGUUUUUACCUGCUUGCGGAGAGAAAACAGUAAGGUUUACUUCCAAUGAUGCAGCUAUGGACGUGACAAGAAGUCACACUGCAAUCAUUGCCACAGAUUUCCAACUGCCGUCACACCAAAAUGUGGACUUAUUACCUGCUUGUGGUGAGAAAACAAUGAGGUUCAGUGCAACUGAUGCAGCUAUGGACGUGACAAGAAGUCACACUGCAAUCAUUGCUACGGAUGUUGAACCACAGUCACAUCAAAAUGUGGGCUUUAUACCUGCUUGUGGGGAAACAUCAAUGAGGUUUCCUGCAGAUGAUGUAGCCAUGGAAGUGACCCAAUGCCUCACUGUAAAUAUUGCCACUGACUCAGCAGAUUCGCUUCUUCCGCACCAAGAUUCUAACAUUUUAUCCACCCAUGAAAAUAUGGGUUUUCCUCUAUCUGCAAAGAAGACACGUCGUCCGCAUAGAAGCCAGUCUUCAUCAGCACAUGCUUUGGAUCAAGGAUUAAAAAACUCCUUGUCUCGGACAAGUGGCCCCUGGGUUAAUCCUGGGAUUGCCAGAGCAGUGGCUCCUGCUGCACCGCCUCCUCAAGAAACUGUUGACGCAAAUGGCAUCCUGGACCAAAUUCCAGCACAGAAGCCUGAUGUGGAUACUGAAAAAGAAACUCCAGGUUUAAUCUCAGCUGUCCUGGAAAAGCCAGAGCAUAAAACCAUGACAGACAGUCCAGAGGACGAUGUAAGCAUGGAUAUGACUGCAGCUCAAACAGGCCUCAUUUUAGGACCAACAUACACAAACGAAUCGCCUCAAUAUCUUUCUUCCACACAGGACUUACACCCCAGAUCAGACCAUUUGAGGAAAACAGAAGUGAUCUCACAAGCGAGAAAUGAGGCACUUGGAUCAUCUGUCCACGAUGGUGUGGAAAUCACAAACCUUCCCGAUUCUCUUGACUCAAAUGACACCAGGAAGGAACCUGAACCGAGAGAUCAAACUUCACCACGUCAGAUUGAAAGUCCAUCCAGCGUUGUUGACCAUGAUGUUGAUGCAGCACCUUCACAGAAGUCUAGACGAAAGAGUUUAGCUGAUCUUCAGUCAAAAUUAAGGCGACUGAGCCACAUGAUUAAUACAGCUCCUGAUGAUAAUGCCAUGGACAGCUGCUCAGCGUCUUUCCCUCAGCCAGAACAUGACAUAGACAAAAACUCCAACGACAAGACCAAAUCCCUACCUGUAACAGAGCCUCAAUCCACAAUGGGUUUGGAAAACAUUCUGAAUGCACAAGCUCAGGGUCUUAUGCAAGGAGAACAAACCUCUACUUCAACAUCUCCUUUUAAGCUGAAGACUAAACAACUUAUGUCCAGACUCUCAAUGGGAAGCUUUAAGGCUAAACUCCCCCAAAGAAGCAAGCCGGAAGAUCCAAAGAAGGUGAAUUCUGUGGGGGAACCCACUAAGACAGUCACUGUCAAUGUUACCAGUCACCUCAGCAACCUUGACGAUGAUGUGAGCGAUAUUUACGAUGAAGAACUCGGCAGCUAUGAAGACAUGUCGGAGACGCUGGACAUAGUGAGUCCACAGAAAGCCACUGAAGAAGGGAGUGCUUCUCAGGAGUUGAACGUGAAGGAGCAUUUAGAGGAAGAUAUAUUUCAGCAGGACUUUAUUAGUGCUAUUCAGGCAAACAAGAGACCUUUGCCAGAGGAUGAAAAUAAUAUCGAGGAUGGGAAAAGAAUGAAAACGUCCGCCGACACAGCCACCGACAGUGAAACGGGAUUACUGUCUGACAUUGUGGAGUGUGACAGUAACAUCACUACAGCUCCACACAUGACGACACAGACCACAGAUUACUCCAACAGCAGUCACACUGCCACCAUCAGAUGUGAAGCUACAUUUGAAUCAACUUUCAAACAAAGCCUGUUUGAAUCCCAGCUUGAAGACUACACCUGUGACGUACAUCGGAAACUUGAUGAUGGCACCAUUACAGUGUUGGAGUUCUUUAAACUCUUCAACAUAGACUUUGUCAUCCACAAUCCUCGGCAAAGUGUGCUUCCUGGCAGACUUUUGUCAGACACAGAUUGCACACCAAUGGAUUUAUUGAGAAACAGGCACAUUAGCCGUCCUAAGCAGAUGGUAUAUGAACAAAACGUCCUGAACCUCACAGAAAAGGUGGAGGGGUUGAAGGAGCGAAUGCGGGACCUUGACAAACCGCUGAAAGAUGUUAACAGACCUUUGUGGGAAGAAGUGAGAAAUUCUUCAGAGAAAGAGCUAAAAUCUUUUGGUGCAAAACUAAAAGAGAGGAAUAACCUUUUCAGAAAGAUGAGCAAAGUGCAGUCACAUGAAAUGAAGGAGGUCCUGUACUCAGAUCUUGUGCAGGCUAAUCUGGAGGAGCAACAGAGGUUGGGAGGAACGAUUGAGGAAGCAGAUGAGAUGAUAAAACGUCUGGGCGAGUGUAUUCAUGAAGUAGAAACAGAACUCGCUGCAGUUGACGAAAAAGGCCUCGAAGACAAACCAAGUCUGAAAUCACUUCAGGAAGAAAUGCACAAAGUCAGUGAGACUUUGGCGGAUAAUGAGCGACAAAUAACCGAACUGGAGUUGCAGAAGAAGCAGAAUGCAAAUAAACUGAGCAGGCUGAUAUCUGAGACGACGAGCCUUGAGAGCCACAUCACCAUGCUGCACAUGGUGAAUGAAUGGAAAUUUGGAGAGAAGACAGAUAAUUGCACCCUCUACACUUCCCUCCAUGAGACCCUACAUCUACAGUUGGUGUAUGAAAAAUCCAGUGGAAAUGAUGCUGAUAAUCAGUCUGAGAGGAAAAUAUCACACAUCUCAUUCAAACGCCAACUUAAUGAUGAGAAGUCGCGAGGCCACGCCUGCCUCGUUCACAAACUGCUCUCUCACUACAUCGAGGGAGAAACAGGCUGGGUGGAGAAGUAUCCAACAAGCAGAUAUGUUCCAAAGCUGCUCCAUGACGUGGGCCUGGUGGUGAGUCGCUGUCGUCUGCUGGGAGAGGAGUUACGUCUGCUGGAAAUGUGGGGCAGUCUGAGGCUCGAUAUUCUCAACAUCAGCUGUCUGGACUCUCAGGUGCACAUCAUCUUCAGCAGUCUUAAGGCAUUCUCCAAGUUUGAGGUGAUCUUUUCCGUCACUUUGAUCAACCAACUCUAUGUCCUUCAAGUGCAGAGCUUCAGAAACAUGAUCGGGAACACAACGAUCCAACAGGUUGAAGAGAUUGUGGCGUCGUUCAGUCCAGGCAAGAACCUCCUGACAAAGGUUGUCAAAAAGAUUCAUGAAAAUCUGCUCUGUUGAGAUCAGAGCUUUGAACUGAUUUAUCAUUUGUAAUCAAACUCUUUUGUACAAUAUAGAUGUUAAAAAGCGAAUAACUUUAAAAUCUAGCAAUUGUCAUUUCUGAAGAUUAAAAAAAAUGAAUAUAGUGUACAGUUUCCAUGUCUUUUUUUUCUUCCCGUGUGUGUCCAGUAAUGGGGUUUCACUGUAAUUUGUGUCGUCAUAAUGCAAUGGCAUAUCCACCUUUUACAUGAGACAGAAAAAUAUGUAAAAUAUAUGUCUGCGCAUUAAAAAUAUUUUGUUUGA